CUUCUAAAGCAUGAACUAACCAGCAAUGGAAAGGAUUGCAAUAUUGAAGAAACAGUCCUCGCACACAACUUUACUGGCUCAGCAGGAGAGAGAGAACUUCCAGAGAGAGAAGAGCAACCUGCUCAUUAUGCUUCAAAAGGAAAGAGAUAAACUUGUGUCUUUGGAAGGAAAGUACACAGAGUUGUCCGAGGGGCAAAGUUUCACCAACAACCCUGCAGGCGUCAAAGAGCACCUAAACUCUCUAAAGGAAAGGAGGCGAAGUGGCAAAGAAAUCUCGUCCCAGCCAAAUGAAACCCUGUCUCAUAAGAGAAGCCAGCAGCUCCUCAGUCCUUACGGCAGAUCUUUAGGACGCACACUUCCUCCUAAGGCUCACCUUCCUCUGACCCAAAGCUCGAGCUGCGGCAGCGUCAUCCCACAAGGCUUCGUCUUCUCGCCUCGGGAAGUAAACACCCGCCGGCUGCCCAAGA